GGAAACGGAGAAGCGGGUCAUGGAAAAAUGCAACGCUUGGAUUUUACGUAAUGUUGUAUAUGUUUGAUGCCAUCUCAGCAAGCAUUACAUGGCGCGUUUUAGAAGAAAGUAAAACUGGUACAUUGGUUGGAAAUUUAGGGCAAUUUACGCCGAAUUUUAGAAAUUAUGACUUGGUUACUUCAAGUAAGAAUUUUGUGUAUGAUAAAGCUACAGGAAAUGUAAACACAGCGCAAGCUAUUGAUAGAGAUGUGUUAUCUGGCCAGUGUGUAAAUGGGUCUGAACUUGAAAUAUUUCAGUUUACUUCAACAAUGAGUGGAGAUAAUGAUGUUCGUGUCAAAGUGUUUAUAGAUGAUAUUAAUGAUAACUCUCCACAGUUUGCUUCAGAAUUAUUUACAAGAGUCAUUCCUGAAGAAGCCAACAAAGGAUUCAAAGUGAGAAUCCCAAUUGCGCAGGAUAAAGAUUGUGGAAAUAAUGGGACAUUACAAUAUAAAAUAUUGAAUGCAAAUGAUUUCAUAAUAAAAUUAUCUACUAAUCAAGACUUCCUAGACAUAGUUACGACAGAAGAACUUGAUCGCGAAGUGAAAGAAUUUCACAUUCUAACCAUCCAGGCAUGUGAUUGUGGUAUUCCAUCAAGAUGCAACUCUACAAUCUUGAAUAUCACAGUAACUGACUAUAAUGACAAUAAACCAAUAUUUCAUGAUUUGAAAUCAGAAGUUGAAGUUGAAGAGAAUUGUAAUGCUGGGUCAAAGUUUAUCAUGGCAUUAAGUGUUUCAGAUAAAGAUAGUGGGAAAAAUGGGCAGUUUACCUUAUCUGUGUCCGAUGGGUUUGAAUAUCGUGGAUUAUUUGAUAUUACUGCUAACAAUGAUCUUGUAUCAACAAAAUGUUUGACAUAUGAUAAGAAUAGACCAUAUAUUGACAUUGUUAUCAAUGCAGUUGAUCACGGUGAUCCUGUGCAACGUAAUGCUGUGGCUAUUCGGAUUGUUGUUGUUGAUAUAAAUGACCAUUCUCCUGUACUUUCAGUGGCUGACACAAAACCCGUUUCUGAAAAUACACAUGUUGAACAUUAUGUGCGUAUAAUAGUAGCCACUGAUCGUGAUGAUGAUGCAAAUGCAAAUGUUAGUUUGAAAAUCAUUAAUGGCAAUCCAAAAGAUAAAUUCUAUUUGUCAAAAUUGUCUGCUCCAGGUUAUUUGUUCUAUUUGAAAUUCAAAGGAACAUUAGAUCGUGAAGACAUUUCUGUGUAUAAUAUCACAAUUGAAGGAUCAGAUCAUGGCACUCCACCUCGGACAUCCUAUAUUAACAUAAUUAUAGAAGUUGUUGAUCAAAAUGAUAACCAUCCAAAUUGUUCAUUUCCAAAGGAAACCAUAUCCCUUUCAGAGUCUUUGCCUAUUGGAUCAUUUGUAACUAUUGUGCAAGGCAUAGACAAAGAUGAAGGACGAAACAGUGAAAUUAAAUAUAGUCUGGCUAGUGGGCAUAACUCUGGGAUGUUUAAAAUCAUUGAAAGUUCUGGAUUAAUAACCACAACUGCUCUUCUGGAUUAUGAAAUACGAACAUUAAUUACAUUACGAGUUAAUGUUGAAGAUAAUGGCAAUCCAAAAUUAUCAUCAUUUUGUUUAUUGACAAUCAAUAUUACAGAUAUUAAUGACAACAAACCAUUAUUUACAAAUACAACAUUUAACUUUAAUGUACGUGAGGAUGUUGCUGUCAACUCAGUUGUUGCUAAUUUGUCUGCUUUUGAUGCUGAUGCAGGGAUGAAUUCCAAGUUAACUUUUCUUAUAUUGUUUCCAUCAGCUGUUGUUGAAAAAACAUUUUACUUAAACAAUGAUACUGGAGCAAUACAGAUUCUUAUGGCAUUGGAUAGAGAGCAUCAUGAUUUUUAUCAGUUUCAGGUAUUGGUCCACAACAAUGGCAAUCCAAGGUUAUCGUCAACAGCAACUGUUGAAUUUACCAUUUUGGACAUUAAUGAUAACCAUCCAGUGUUUUAUCCAAGCCAAUACUAUGUUAAUGUUUAUACUAAUCAAUCUGUUGGGUUUAUUGCUAGUGUUACAGCAGUGGAUCUUGAUAAGAAUGAUGUCAUUUCUUAUGAAAUUGUUAAAAAGGAUCCAAUGAAUGCCUUAGUCAAUGUGAAUCAGAGCACAGGAACAGUGGCUUACACUGGGAUAUCUCAACUGGAUGCAAAUGAUGUGUUUGCUGUGAACCUUAUUGCUAAAGAUAGUAAAGGACAUGUUUCAAAUAUUUCACUGUUGUAUCUCACUGUUAUAGCACCUGAAGAUGAUUUACCUCAGUUCACAAUGGACUUGUACUACUUUGAUAUUAAGGAAAAUGUCCAACAUGGAACUUACAUUGGGAAAGUCAAAGCAACAAGUAAAACAAAAGUUGAUAUUUUGUAUUAUAUUUACAGUGGUGAUCCAGAUGGUAUAUUUUUCAUCAAUGAACAUGGCGAAAUCAGGACAUCUAGUAAUGUGGAUCACGAGAAACAACAUUUGUUUGAUUUACAAGUUAAUGCGAGGACAUCAGGAAGGAGAGUUCUGAUUGGCAUGGCAUCAGUUGUUAUUGUUGUUGAGGAUGUGAAUGAUAAUCGGCCAGAAUUCCAGUAUCCACAUAAAUUGAUUACAGUGAAGAACAGUGCUCCUGUUGGUUCAAUUGUGUUUAAAGUAAGAGCAUUAGAUCCUGAUUCAGGCAAUGGAGGUAUUGUAAAGUAUGAAAUGUUGCAUGGUAGUCAUCAAGAGUUCUCCAUUCUUUCCAGUGGAGAUGUUGUUGUUGCCAAUGAUUUAUCUGAUGUAUCAAAUUACUCUCCCAUGAUAAGUAUUGUUGCGUCAGAUUUUGGACUUCCACAACUUUCCUCUGUCCUAGAUCUUACUAUAAGUAUCAUUAAGGAAAAUAGUCACCCGCCAUUUAUUCAUAAAAACUUUGGUGUGAUUCCACUGUUAAGAAAUGUUCCUGUCAAUCAACUAUUUUUCAACGUAACAGCGUCGGAUCCAGAUAGUGAGGAUGGUGGUGAAAUAUGUUUUCAUUUGUCUGGUGCUGAUAAUGCAACAGAUUUCUUUGGGAUAUUUCCUGAAGGAAACUUGUAUGUUAAACAAUCAUUAUUCCUUACUAAUCAAUCAGAUUUUUCAUUGCAACUUAUUGUUACAGACAGAGGAAACCCCAGACUAAACGCCACAUCUCUCGUACACAUAUCUGUAUUAAGCAUGGAACACCAUCAGCAGCUUUUUCAAAAAGACAGUUUUAGAUUUAACAUUUAUGAAAAUGAACACUCUGAUACAGUUGUUGGGAAGCUGGACUUUGUGGCCACAUUUCAAAAUUUGGACGUGGAUUUGGUUGAAGUAUAUUCAUAUUUUACCUUUGAUCAUGUGACAAAUGAAAUCAAGAUUAAACAGGUUAUUGACCGUGAGCAAUUUAAACUUACAACUGGCAGUAAUAACUAUGUACUUUAUGCUAAAGCUUCGUACAAGAAUGAUUUUGGAUUACAUACUGUUGACCUUGCAACAAUUGUGGUUGAGGUGAAAGAUAGAAAUGAUAAUGUGCCUAUGUUCAGUCAAUCAAAUUACAUCGUUGAUAUUGAAGAAAGUGAACAAGUUGGAACAGUUAUCUCAAAAUUGAUAACGUAUGAUAAAGAUGAAGAUAAAAAUGCUGUGGUGAAUUUCUCUAUUGUUAGUUCAUCUCUUCCAGAUGCAGUCAUUGUAGAUGAGGACGGUAAGAUUGUUCUGAAUAAACCAUUGGAAAAUAAACAUUUUUUCUAUUUUAAUUUCUCAGUACAAGUUAUGAAUAUUGCCCCACCACAUUAUAAUUCAACUUGCUUCAUUGAAGUAAACAUCCACGAUGUAAAUAACAACAAACCACACUUUGCAAGGUUUUUAAUCUUGAAGAGUAUUGAGGAGAACUUUGCCAUUGGUCAGACAAUGUAUCAUGCAAAUGCUAGUGAUAGUGACUAUGGUAGAAAUAGCCGUUUGACAUACACAAUAAUAUCAGGAAAUCAAGAAAGCAAUUUUGAAAUUGAUCGUGAAUCUGGAGAGGUAAUUUUGGUUAGAGAACUUAACUUUGAGAAAAUUCAAAGUUAUGUUUUAACCAUUUCUGCAAAAGACAGUGGUAUUUGGCCUUUGUCUGCCACACAAAUUUUGAUUGUGAAUGUCACAGAUGUGAACGAUAAUGCCCCACAUUUUAUAAACUGCACGUCAGCUCUUAAGCUCCAGGAAAAUGCUCCAGUUGGCACUGUAAUUAUGCAAUGUUUAGCUGUUGAUAGCGAUGUUGGGGAUAACGGUAUUGUUCGUUACAGUAUUUCACGGGAUAAACCAACAGGUAACUACUUCAGAAUUAGUAACAAUGGAACUUUAUAUGUCAAUAAACCAUUAGACCGAGAACAGUUUCCAAUUUACAAGAUAGAGAUUAAAGCUGAAGAUAGUGCUAUACCAGAGACCUAUCGACUGAUGAGAACAAAAACAAUCACUAUUGAACUAGAAGAUGUCAACGACAACUCUCCGAGGUUUAUAUCCGCUCCAGCAAUGAGUUUUGACGAAUCAGCUUCAAAUGGCGACUAUGUUACUACAUUGAAAGCAUGGGAUCCGGACUUCGGAGCUAAUGGCAUAUUCACAUUUAGCAAAGGAUCAGGUGAUGAUGCUGCUUUCUUCCAAGUUGACGACAAUGGUCGAGUCACCUUCACAAAGUCACCUUCUGGAAAAAUUGUGUAUAAGUUAAAUGUAAUUGUCACCGAUUCCGGGACAAUGCAAAGAACAUCGGAACAAGAGUUGUCAGUGUUUAUGUAUAAAGAAGGUGGCUUGUCAUUCUUACAGAAUAGAUACUCAGCCGCCAUUGUAGAAAACGAGCCAGCAGGGACAUUUGUGAUUAAUGUAACUGCAGUUGCAACGAUACAUACUGAUGAUACAAAGGUACGUUAUUUCAUGACAAACGAUAGUAGUGAAGGUUUAUUUUCUGUUGAUUCUACUACUGGUGUAAUCACUAUAAAAGAUAGAAUAGACAGAGAAGGCAAAUAUGGACAUCAAGUAAACCUCGUGAUUUAUGCAGUAGACGUAAACAGCAAAACUCCCAAGUCAAUGUCAGUCCGUGUCUAUCUUACGAUACUUGACUUAAAUGACAACAUUCCAACAUUCACAAAGUACAGCUACGCAGAAGAUGUUUUUGAAAAUACCAAGAUUGGCAGCAAUAUACUAACAUUACAAGUUCGUGAUGACGACGAAAGCCAAAAUGGUUCAAUAGUGUACGAAAUUGUUAGUGGAAAUAGUAAAAGAGGUUUUCAUAUCAAUAACACAACCGGACAAAUUUCUGUAGCUAGUAAUCUUGACCGCGAAGUACAUUCUGUGUAUGUUCUCAAUGUAACAGUAUCUGAUAAUGGCGAACCAAGACUCAGCUCAUGGACAGUUGUAUCAAUCAAUAUAUUGGAUAUUAAUGAUAAUAUGCCAACAUUUCAGAGACUAAAUUACUCAUUUACUGUGGUAGAAAAUUAUCCUCUUGGGACUGUUAUUGGACGUACAGUUGCACACGAUCCGGAUUCCGGGGUGAAUGGCCAGGUUACGUACAGUUUAUCUGGGGAUGACGCAAGUUUGUUUAGUGUGAAUGCAAGAAUUGGGACAUUAAGAACUGCCUUCUCGUUUGAUAGAGAAAAGAUUGAUUUUUAUCUGUUUAAAGUAGUUGCUAGUGACAAAGGAAGCCCAACAGCGCUUUCAACAGUAGCCUGGGUUUAUGUUAGUAUUUUAGAUGAGAAUGAUAACAAACCGAAAUUCAACUCGAAUCAACCCUAUAUAGCCACAGUGUUGGAGAACUCUAUGGUUGGAACACCCGUGCUAAUUGUGAACGCUAGUGAUGAAGACGUUGGCCUUAAUUCAACACUUGUCUAUGCCGUAAGUGGAGGAGAUGACGAUAAAGCAUUCCGCAUUUCUAACCGUGGAACGUUGUUUACUGCGUCUGUUAUAGACAGGGAGAACGUUGCCCAAUAUAAUCUUGAAAUUACUGUAUCUGAUUCUGCCAGAAUCCACUCACAAAGGCGUACGUCUACAACAAUGGUCACUGUUAAUGUUGCAGACGUCAACGACCAUACACCGUAUUUUGUAUCAGAAGAUGUUAUUCAUGUGAGAGAAGAUCAGGAUUUGGCGAAACCUUUUGCUGCUAUUUUAGCAAAAGAUAAAGACACGGGUUUAAAUGGUAAAGUACUAUAUGAACUACAGGGAUAUGUCGCUAAAGCGUCCUUUCAAAUUGAUCAGAAUUCUGGUGAAUUAAGCUUGAGACAGACACUAGAUCGAGAGAAACUGGAAACAGUACAUAUUAACAUCACUGUGGAAGCAAAAGAUCGCGGACAACCUCCCAAACGAAAUCAACAACAUAUUCAGAUUAUUGUAGACGAUGUUAACGAUAACAUGCCAACUUUCCAACCUCAUUUGGCGCUUUUGAAUGUCUACGAAAAUAUCUCAAUUGGUAGUGAACUCUUACGUGUAGUUGCUGUUGAUGAAGACCAAGGUCUUAAUGGAAAAGUUGAGUAUGCCAUUACUGCGGGGAAUGUGAAUGGUACAUUUUCCAUCCACCCUACUGACGGAAUAAUCACUCUAAUAAAAUUUCUUGACCGUGAAAACUUGCAAAAUUACCAAAUUGACGUAACAGCGUUUGAUUUUGGAUCUCCUACACAAGAAAACAUCACUACAGUUCGUGUUCACGUACUAGACGUUAAUGACAAUGAACCUCGUUUUAAAAUUUCUCCGUCGUCAAAAUUUAUAAAAGAGAACAUUCAGUAUGUUGAGAACUUAGCUCAGUUUGUCGCUGUUGACGACGAUGAAGGCGAAAAUAGCGAAGUUGUGUACAGUAUACUAAAUCCAGUACGGAGUCCAUUCCUUUCCAUCGAUAAUGUGACAGGCGUUGUUUCCUUAGUUGUUCCACUUGACAGGGAAGUUCAGUCAAGUUAUUCAGUUAUAAUAGAAGCUAGAGAUAAGGGAACUCCUUCUCUGUAUACACAAACUAAAUUUAGCAUUUUUGUUAAAGAUGAAAAUGACAACAGUCCUGUGUUUGUUGAUGCAGACCUUAAACCAAGUAUCCUGGAGGGUUCUGCUGUGGGUUCCCAGCUCUGUGUGAUGAAUGCUACUGAUGCUGACUACGGAGUCAAUGCGGAUAUCUUUUAUGAGUUAGUGAACGACUUUGGCCGGUUCAGAAUUGACCCAAAUACUGGUGAAAUCUUCACAAUUGCUGUAUUAGACCGUGAAGUACAUGGAACAGAAUUUGAGCUAACUGUUAAAGCGACAGAUAAAGGAAAUCCAUCUCGUGCAACGUCUGCUACUGUCAUUGCACGUAUUGAAGAUACUGACGACAAUAAAGCAAUAUUUGAAAAAAAUAUGUAUUCAGCUUACAUUCCUGUGGGAGCUCCUAUUGGGACGUUUGUGACUGUAGUAUCAGCCUUAGAUGAAGACGAAGGGUUAAAUGGAAAGGUGAUUUACAAAAUUGAACGUAGUUCAAACGAAUUUCUAGUUCAGCCGGAUACUGGUCAUGUUUUGACGACAAGAAUACCAUCGUCUACCACAUAUACUAUAAAGAUUCAGGCAAUAAAUGCAAAUUCCAAUAUACUUCAAGACACAACUACAGUAGAUAUUACCACGACUACGAAACAUUUUCCUUUAUUCGAUAUUCCGGUUACAGUAUAUAACAUUUCUGAAGAUGCUAAGCCUGGAUAUUUUAUUCUUAAUGUAAAAGCGACUGAUAAUCCGUCGCUUCAAAUAGCAAGUGGAGACCCUGAUCAGCAUUUGUCACUUGACAUUGUCUCAAAAAAUCUGACCGUGAAUAAGAAUUUAGAUUACGAGGAAAAGCGGCGCUACAAUUUGUGGCUAAGGGCUAGCUUGAACACAAUCUACUCAACCUAUAUCAACAUUGAAGUAUUUGUUGUUGACUCUAACGAUAAUAUUCCACUGUUUGAGCAAUCGUACUACGAGGUAUCGUUGAUAGAAAACGAUAACACGAACGUCUCAGUGUCUUGUAUCAUUGCAGCAGACCGGGACUCUGGUGCAUUUGGUUUUGUUGAGUACAGGAUCCUUGAUGCAACAGCUUUAAACUGGUUUCGGAUGGAUAGAUAUACUGGUUGUAUUUAUACAACUCGUGGUAUUGAUAGAGAGCAGAAUAUUAGCUUUCAUUUCACUGUACAAGCCCGAGAUCAUGGAUUACCUCCCAAUGCAAAUAAUGCUUCAGUACAUGUCAAUAUUCUUGAUAGAAAUGACAACCCUCCAAUUUUGGACAAACUUUUAACAGUUUACCUAUCCGAAGAUAAACUACCACCUUUACUUGUUGAAACUGUUUUUGCCAACGAUAAGGAUGAAACGUCGAACCUUUUGUAUUCACUUGAACCGGAUGACACUUUUAAUAUUGAUUCAAUAACAGGGAAAGUAUCUCUUAUACAGAAGUUGGACAGAGAAAUGGUGGGACGCUAUCCGUUAACCGUCUCCGUCUCCGAUGGGAAGUUUUCAGACAAUACUCCGUUGACUGUUAUUAUUAAAGAUGUGGAUGAUAAUCCUCCAAGAUUUCAAAAAUCCUUUUACCAUGUAAAAUCUAUGGAGUUGCAGCCAGUGGGGAGUGUGGUAAUAAAAUUGAACAUAUCAGAUAAAGAUAUUGGUCAAAAUUCAGACGUCGUGUAUUCCUUCAAGCGAACACCAACCAGUGAAAUAUUUCGCAUUGAUUCAAGUGGAAUAAUUACAAUUGCUACUCAGCUUCGAUUUAUUAAGCCAAGAAAAGAUAAUGGUAUAACGAACCUUUAUAAUCUGACUGUUUAUGGCCAAAAUUCUAACCACCCAUCCGCUAAACCAACUGCAGCCAUCACUGUUGAAGUUACUGAUACUAACGACCACUACCCUGUAUUCGAAAGAAAUGAAUACUACACUUACAUCCCUAGUGUGUCGAAAAUAGGUACUAGAAUUAUUACAGUUCAUGCUGUUGACAAUUACGAUGUUGGACUCAAUAGUGAAGUGUCAUACGUGGAUGUAGGUGGAAAUGGAACAAGGAUGUUUUCAGUUGAGUCUUCGACAGGACACGUCACAGUUAAAUCUGACAUUAGCUCUGAGAAUGAUAAAUUGUUUUUACUUGAAAUACAAGCAACAGAUCAUGGCACACCAGUUCAAUUCUCACCAACAAAUGCCAAUGUUUUUAUCAUGGUAACCAUAGAAAAUCAACACUCUCCAAAGUUUGCCAAAAAGAGUUACAGCGAACAAUUGAAGGAAAAUUAUGAUGUUGGAAAAGAAUUUCUUCGUGUGGUCGCAACUGACAGUGAUAGCGGUAUCAAUGGGAAAAUCACAUACAGCAUUCUGCCUGGUAAGCAGGGGGAAUACUUCAAUGUUGACAGAAACACCGGCUCCAUUACAAUCGCAAAUGUAAAACUGGAUUAUGAAUACCUAAGACAGUACUCAUUCGAUGUUCAAGCAGAAGACGGUGCUCAAAACCCACGAACUGACCAAGCAAGCGUUACAGUAACUGUUACCGAUUAUAAUGAUAAUCUACCGGAAUUUCAGAAAUCAUUCUAUGAUGUAGAUGUAGUAGAAAACAAUGAAAUUGGUUCUGAGGUCGUUAUUGUAUCAGCAACUGAUCGAGAUACAGUUGGUAAUACUAUUACCUACAUGUUAGCAGGAAAAGAUAAGAACUUCUUUACAAUCGAUCAAAGUUCUGGAAAGAUAACAACAAACGUGAUAUUUGAUUAUGAAUCACGAACUAUGUUCAAUAUGACUGUCCUUGCAAAGGACAGCGCCGAUCCACAGAAAACCUCGGACUGUACAGUUCAUGUUAAAAUCCAGGGGAUAAACGAGUUUACGCCAGAAUUUAAGAAGAAGGCAUAUUUAUUCUCAGUUCUUGAAGAGGCACAUGUUGGAACUAUUGUUGGUCAAGUUUCAGCUACUGACCAUGAUGACGGGCCAGAUGGUGUUGUUCAGUUCAUCUUAGUUGACCCAAGUGGUCGGCAUAAUAAUUUUGACGUUGAUGAGUUUACUGGAAAUAUUUAUGUAUGUGGUCGACUCGACUUUGAAGCUGUAGACAUGGUUCAACUGACUGUUCUUGUGAAAAACCCUGCGCAAAGGAUUCUGAAUGCAGAUAAUACGGAUAAAGCAAGUGUAACGAUACAAAUUCAGAAUAGCAACGAUCCACCCAGAUUUUUAAAAGAUUUUAUGAAAGUUUCAGUUUAUGAAAAUGUUGCAGUUGGUAGCGUGCUUGGAAACUUUACUGCUGUAGAUGAAGACACCAAUAAGGAUUUCAUGUCACAUUUUAAGUAUGCGAUCUCAAGUGGUAACAUAAACAACGCAUUUAUACUAGAAACUGUUGGCAUAUCAGUUGUUAUUAAAACAAACAAACGUCUCGAUCGUGAAGUUACAGCGUUAUUUAAUUUGACCCUUGCUGCUACAGAUAUCAAUGAUCCACGUUUGCGUGGUUUUGCGCGUCUUAUUGUCGAAGUUAAAGAUGUAAACGACAAUCCGCCGUUCCUGAAACCUGGUAUUUGUCCUGGACAUAUCAAAGAAAACCUGCCAAAGGGAGCCGUGGUUUUACGCUUUGAUGCAAGUGAUAAAGAUAUUGAUCCAAACAAAGAUCCAUACACGUUUGAGAUUACAAACAGGGGACAUGUGCCAUUCGUUAUUAAUAAGUUCACUUCGGAACUUCAAACGUCUGAAAUGUUGGACAGGGAGAAUGUGCCUUUGUAUGUUUUACAAAUCAAGAUAUUAGACAGCGGGUACCCUAAGCAGUUUUCUAUUACUUCAUGUAAUGUGAUUGUUGAUGACGUCAAUGACAAUAGACCUUCUGGAGAUACUCUUAAUGUGAAGAUUAAUGUUCCUGUGACAGGAUAUCUUGGUGGAGUCAUUAGCGAUGUCAGUCCACUUGAUCUUGACGAGAUUAAGACGUAUACUUGUGAAAUUGAAAUAAACCAUAAAGAUAUCUUUGAAUUUCAACCUAAUUCUUGCAUAUUAAAGAUGAAAAAACCAAGCUUGAAAAAUUAUAUUCUCAACGUAGUUGCCCACGAUCCUCUUUACCACAUCCCGUAUUCACUAAACAUCUCUUUCAACACAAUUUCUGAAACAACCAGUGAAAAAAGUGUGAUAUUAAGACUUUCUGGUAUAUCUCCUGAACAGUUCUUGUCUGUAAUGAAGCAUCUGCCUUGUGUACCUGGAUACGAGAAACAAAUCUACAGUGUUCAGAAAGUUAGCUCUACUGUAACGGAUGUCUUGAUGGCUCACUUGCAAAACGGGGUUUAUAUUUCGCGAGAUAAACUAUCUCAAAUACUUACGAACUGCAUGAGUAGCUUGGAACGUAAACUUGGCGCGAAGGUUGUGGAUACAAACUAUAAUUUAUGUUCGACCCCAAAUCGUUGCGUUCAUGGCAAGUGUGAACGUUAUGUCGUGUUGUUAUCAGAAAACCGCACUAGUUUGUACUCUGGAACAGAAAUAUUUAUAUCUGCUUAUCAUAAAGCAACAUUCCGUUGUAUUUGCAACCCUGGUUAUUCUGGCGAGUAUUGUCAGCACUCCAACGAGGUAUGCGAAGGAGUACAGUGUAGAAAUACUGGCCAUUGUGUUCCAACUGACCAAGGUUUUAAAUGUCACUGUCCUCCUAAUUUCACUGGGAAAUUUUGUGGUAUUGCAAUGGAUUUAUGUGAUCCUAACCCGUGUAGCAAUACGUCUCGAUGUGUAAGCACACAUGAAGGACCGAAAUGUCAUUGCGAUUUCGGCGGUAGAGGGGAAAGAUGCGAGUUGUCAAGUAUUGGCUUUAAACCAUUGUCCUACAUGGCAUUUGCGAGCUUGUCAAGUACCAAUGAAAAAACAAAGGAUAACAUAUCAUUUCAGAUUGCUACAGUUGAGAGGAAUGCUUUAAUCGUAUAUAGCGCAGAUAGCAAUACUGAUGAAAAUUCUCAUUUUAUCGCUCUUGAGAUUAUUAAUGGGUUCUUGAGAUAUUCAUUAAAUCUUGGCAAUGGUGUUGUACGUAUUACUUCUGAUGUAAUUGUUUCUGAUGGUAUUUGGCACACUGUGGCUGCUGUGAGAGAUAAACAGGUGAGAAAAUAUAACAUAGAAUAUGUUACAUCUGAUAUCAAGAAAAAACAUCAUAUUGUCAACGCAAGAUGCUUUCGAUAUUUCAAUCAAAACACGGCACGUUUUCUCCAAAACCUCAAUUAGGCAUAACACGUAACUUUAAAGUGGAGAAAAGUCAAACAUAUCAUAGCUACACGUGCGUAACGCGUGUUUAUCCAGAAUCUAAAUGGUUAACAUUAGUUUGUGGUCGUUUAUCUUUGAACAUGCAACCGCCUCUGCAGUAUAUUUUUAUUUCUGUCCGGAAAAAGUAAAGUAAAUUACAUUUAUUCAUAGUCUGUUACAUUUUGUACUUAGAUUGGACAUUUGUACGUGGAUACUAAGGUUUUUUCUUCCAGUGGCAAAGCUGGCAAUACGUAAGUAUGAUGUAGUCGUAGUGCUUUAAUAGUUGUGUUAAGUAUAUUAUUUAAAACACGAGCAGGAGUGCUUUAUUAGAUAUAAAGCACGAGAGCGCAGCUCGAGUGUUUUAUAUCUGAUAAUGUACGGACUGCGACUCUGCGAGUGUUUUAAAUGGCUUAAAAACGACCCAUCUGGUGAGUUCAUUGGUUUAAUAUGUAAAUGCAUGAACAUGAUUUUUUAUCACAAAUGAAACCACCGACACGGCAGUGAUAAUUAUUGAAUCGAAUGAGAUGCCGACAAAAUCUCGAUAUUUACCCAUAACCCUAUGAACUUGUCGUUAGAUCUCGACAACCGUCCUUUGUAGCUCAGUUGGUUAGAGCGCUGCAUCGGAAUCGCAGGGCCGCAUUUUCGAUUCCUGCCAGGGAUCUAUAUGCUGUAAUUGUUAGGUCUAAUAAAUGUAUAUAAAUUUCCACUUGAUAAUUUCCAUCUACAAGACCCUUCAACUAAUCCCAACCUUGUACCCAGGGCAACUAACCCUUGAUAAUCCUGCCGAUACAGUAAAAGACCGAAAUAUAACUGAAAUGUUGUUCGGUACCCACUAGAUAGAAUAAGGUUCAGAUUUGACUUAGUGAAAGUCAAAUAUGAACCUUAUAUAAUAGAAGCUCAACCAGUAUAGCUGUCAAUUCGCAAAAAUUGGGGUGGGGGGAUUUAAAUUGCUACCAUUUUGUUGCUUUAUUUAAACUUUUUGCCUUGAAUUUCUUGCAAAUAUGCGUCAUUUGUAGCCCACCAAUGCUUUCAUUGGUGUAUAAUUAUUCUAACAGCUUUGUUAGACAGUUAUUAGCUACCAUCCAAAGGCUUUAAGAAAUUAUUUGGGGAGGGGUGCAGUCGCUUCUCCCCUCGCCAUCCAGAUAUCCGCCAUUGAACAAAUAUUGCGUUAUGUGGUGCAUAUUGUUAACACGUUUUCGUAAGCAGUUCGCAAUAAAAAGGAAUUUGGUACAGUGCAAAUUGUUGGUUCAAAUACUUAAGUUUUCUAGCAGUAUCUUAACGGUGUUUCUCUUUCGUCAAAUCUUUAGAAAACUUGACCUGGGCAGUUCACCACUGUAUAUUGGCGGCGUUUCGUCCUUGGACGUAAUAUUUGCUAAUUCUGAUCAUGUAUCUUCGUACGAUUUUGUUGGCUGCAUGCGAGAUAUUUACCUGAAUAACAUUGAACUUGAUGUAAAUAUGGCAGUAUCAAGAUAUGGAAUCACCAACAGUUGUCCUCGAGUUCCUGAAUGUGACCAGAACUUGUGUCAUGGCGGCAGCACAUGUAUUGAUAAAUGGUUCAACACACUUUGUCAGUGCACAAAUGAUGCAUAUGGUGGAUCGAAAUGCAACAAAAGUAAGUAGCUAACUAGUAAGUAGCUAAAAUAUCCUUGCUGUGUCGAAUUGUAGUUUCUUAAUUCGGAACUUCCUGGCAUGGUAUCCAUUAAACAAUAAAUCCAGAUUUGUCCAUGCGUAAAAUUGCUUGCAUGUUCAAGAGUCAACGUUAUUUCACAAAGGUCCAUUUUUCUUGCAGCACCUUAUGAUAAAGAAAUAUUGUACAUAGAAGCCGUAUUAUUUACAUAGAGAAUAAUACAUGGGUGCGCGGGAAUACCAGAUUUAUUUCGAGUGUUGAACAUGAUAUCAUGUUCAACACUCGAAAUAAAUCUGGUAUUUCCAAGCACCCUUGUAUUUUUCUGUUUAUUAUAUAAACAAAAUUCAGUGAAAAACAAUAAAACGUCCGUGGCAAUGCGUUUUACAACAAAUGAUAUUUUCACACGUAAAAAUAUCGUAUUUUUUACAAAAACUCUAUAUAACACUUAUGUUUAUAUAAUAAAAAACUAUACUUUAUGUCAACACUGCCUUGAAUUUUACACCCUUUCAAAAAGUACUCAGCCUAUAGGCUAUAAAGCCUCGUUUUCGUGAUUGAGAUCUUGGGCUUAGCGCCCUUUAUCUUGUGACAGGUGACGCCACACUUAGGAGAUCAUACAAUUAUAUUUAUAACAUAAAAGAGUUUUAUAUAUAAUUAGGUCGUAGCCUAUCUCCCAAUCCCGAAAACGAGGCUCUAUAGCCAAGUAUUUUCCGGAACGUUUCUCAGUUGGCUCAAUAUCUUGCAUGUGUCUAGGUUGAUUCUAUAUCAUUAUAUCAUUACUUUCGUGUCUCAAACGAAUUUACGCCUUCUUUAAUAUUAUCUUGUCUGCUUUUCAGAAGUGAAACCUCUAACAUUAUCAGAUGGAUCGGUACUGCGGUUUCAGUUCGAAGCUAGCUAUCAGCGCAAAACUGAGUUCUUAGAAAGACGCGAUCAGAGUCGUCGACGAAGAAAUGUGGAAAAUGUAGAGAGUUUCUCAAUGAACGUUAGAGUUAGAAAUGACGAUGGAUUCCUUUGGCGAGCACAAGAUAACAUGGGAAAUUAUACUCAGUUACAGGUACGUUUUCGCUACGUCUGACACGCGUUAUCAAUGGAAAUGAUUUUCCUAAAUAAUUUUUAAUUUUUCUUCUCGGUUCAAGCGAUGGUGCUUCUUUGUAUAGCAUACAAACUAUGAAACCUUAUGUGCCAUAUGAUUUACACACAUAAUGUCGUAAAAUUGUUCAAUGAAUAAAUGUAAUAAUUUACACUGUACCGCCAACGGAAAUUGCUUGCCUUAACAAGUUACACGCGUCUGUUAAUCAGAAUAUAUACAGUUAAAGUAUAAUUUGAUUUUGCAGUAAUCCAUCUUCUGAGUGGCAAGUCUACAUCACAACUUUCUUAGUUGCAUUAAUUAAUAUGUAAAUACAAUUGAAAUUAUCUUCAUUUGCUUGAUCGCUAGUUUGUAUGGGUUCAUGCACAUCACGUGGUUCGUAUAUAGUAAUCCAAGAAGCCCUUGGUCACCACGGCUAAAACAAACGUCAGUAGCUUUAUACUCUAUUUUUGUACAAAAUAUGCAAGAUGGCACCUGAUGAUCUGACGUUUACAAACGAUUAAUUGCUUCUUUUUGUGUGUGUUGGUGUAUAUGUACUCAGGUGAAUAUGAUGUUUGUGAUGUUACUCUGAGUGUGCAUCCACACUGGGCAAGCUGAAACGUUUUGCCUGACCACGGUGGGAAUCGAACCCGCGACCUUUGGGGUACUAGUCCAAUGCUCUACCAAUCGAGCUACGAGGUCAAGUCGGUCCGAAAUAUCACCACUCGAACCGACUUGACUUCGUAGCUCUGCUGGGAGAACAUUGGACUAAUAUCCCAAAGGUCGCGGGUUCGAUUCUCACCGUGGUCAGGCAAAACUUUUCAGCUUGCCCGGUGUGGAUGCACGUGCACUCAGAGUAACAUCACGAACAUGAUUAAUUGCUUUUUACUAUCAACAGUAUCUGGAUGUAGUACAGUGAAAGUACUUCUGUUAUCAUGAAUGCUGGGUUUGGUGGAUAAUGAACAUAUACAUGCAGUGUGUUAGCCAGAAGAUUAAAAAAUUCUGUAAUUUAAUGAAAAUGGGAAUUUCAGUUAGCCUGCGACAUUUAGGGGAAUAUCGUGCUUCUUAAGUGACGUUUGCGUGCCCUAGGCCCCUAGCGCCACCUGAGCUAAAUUGAAACUUUUGAAGUGCAAAUCAUCUGACAUUGUUUUUCUUACUAAAACAGACAAAUAUAUAUUUUAGGCUACUGCCAAUCCUCGCAACACUUACCUGGUACCCAAUUUUUCUUGACCAAAGUUUUGAAGUUUAACAAUCUUUUAUAUAUAUACUAGUUUAUUAUAGUUACGUUUUUGGCUGAUCUAAAUUCAUGUGAAAAUUGCUGGCUAAACGUAAUAUAUAUACAAGUUCAACCAAGUAUGAAGUGCGAAAACAUCUUUCAAGUUCACCAUAUCACAACCCGCACACCCGAAAAUCUAUAAAAAACAUGAACUUGCGGUUACAGCUCGACAACAGGCCUCUGUAGCUCAGUUGGUUAGAGCGCUGCACCGGAGGGCCGCAGAUUCAAUUCCUGUCAUGCAGAACCGCGUUCCUGGUUAGGCCUUAAAAAUUAUAUAUAUAUAUAUAUAUAUAUAUAUAUAUAUAUAUAUAUAUAUAUAUAUAUAUAUAUAUAUAUAUAUAUAUAUAUAUAUAUAUAUAUGUAUAUAUAUAUAUAUGUAUAUAUAUGUAUAUAUAUAUGCUCACGUGGAUUAUCCACCAAACUCAGCAUUCAAGUUCAACCAAGUGCCCGUGGAGUGCAAAAAACGUCUUAGAGAAAUCAACUGUAACUAAUAUUUAAUUUCUAUUUCUAGUUCAAGUCAGGACUUGUACAUUUAUCAUUGGGGAGCAAUGUCAAUGAAAAGCAACAACUGGUAAUAUCAAACAAGUAUGUAAAUAAUGGUUAUUGGUUUAACGUUUCUCUGACACGAGAUCUCUCAAGCAACGUUCUCACGUUGAACGUCAACGGCAGUCGGAAUGGAACACAAUCUAAAGAACCCUACGUGUUCCUCAGUGGAACAUGGACGUUUGGCAAUCUAAAGACGUCAGAUGAUUCUGUUAGCAGUUUCCAGGGAUGUUUAUCAAAGAUCAAAAUUAAUGGAGAAAUAAUAUCAUUAAAUGUCACUAAUCAGUACGGUGUAUUGACUCUUGAAGCAGGAAACUUGGUCAGUGGUUGUGAAUCACCAGAUUAUUGUGCGUCUAGUCCAUGUGCUGGCAACACCUGUGUAAAUAACUGGCAAUCCUAUUCAUGUAUAGCAUAUCUUGACAGUAAUGAUACGUUAAGCGUCGGAGCUAUUGCUGGCAUCGUUUUCUUCUGUAUUUUGGUCAUUGCUAUUAUUGUGGCCGUGAUUGCAGUAAAGAAGAGAAGGACUAGAAACGAGUUUGCCGCGAGAAUAUCUGGCAAAACAAACGCAGCAAUCGAACGAGAUAACUCAGGAAGUUCAAGUUCGGCGUCAUUGCCUUCUCGUAAGACACCUUCACGACAUAGCCUUAGUGAUAGUGGAGUAGAUAUACGAAACAGAAGCAGUUCUUUAUCACAUGAAAACUUGAACAAAACCAGUUCAUCCAGUACUAAUGUGAUUCCACUUGGGUCCCCUGAUGAAUACACAAUUGUGACGUCACAACAUGAUAGUGUAUCUGAUGAUGGAGAUAAAGGAUUUACCGACUCAGAAAGUGAAUAUGGAAAUAAUGCAGCUAAUCUUACUAUCUCAUCUCUCCCAUCUCGUCUGAAUAAUACUCAGCUCAAUCAACAACAGCCACCUUCAAAAGAAGCACCAAUGAAUUAUUACAAUAAAGUUCCGUUUCUAAUCAACCGAGGAUUUCGAAAAGAUCAGUAUCCAUCUUCAAGAUCAACAUCACCAUCUGAUGAACCAGAGAGCAUUGAAAUGCAGAAUUAUUCCAAUGAUAUUGAGAAUGCAGAACAAUAUAGUAUUGGCAAUGCAAGUUUUGCUACUUAUAGUGACUUGAAUGACCCAAGUUAUAAUCCAUCGCGGUAUUCAGAUGAUCGUAUGCGUUAUAAACCUUCUUUAGAACGAUUUUCAGAGUCAGAUGAUUCAAAUGAUGAGAGACAGUUAGAUAACAUGACCAAUUCAUUCGAACCUACAGCACAUCUUGAUAGUUCGGGAGAAAGUUCAGACGGUGGAUUCACUGCGAGUGAGUAUGAGUAUGAAGAGCGGCCAAGUUAUGAAGAUGAAGAAAUGAGAGGACCGAAAGGCACGAGGAGGAAUAGAGCAGAGUCGCACGGAAAUGGAAGUGAAGACAAGAAUGAAAUGAACGUUGAUGACCCAGUAGAUAUAGAUUCCAUUAACUUGGAUGAUAUUUUAAGACGGAGAACAAACACAAGCAGAGAUACAUAUCAAACUAUUUCUCGAUUAACAGAUGAUGAUGUGGAAAUAGUCUAA